AUGAGUCGUGACAUUGGCUGCACCACGAAACGUUUACAAAAAGCAAAGAAACAACAACAACAACAAAAUGCACCAUUGUUAACAACACAAGCUUCUGCUGAAGUGCAUUUGUCAUCAACAGAUCCAGUAGAAGAACUACCACCUGGCCAACUUUUUCUCCGUGAGCUCGAAGAUGUCGAAGAAUUAAAUAAAUCAUUAAUAGUAUUACCUGAUAAAGAAAUGCAGCGCACAGUCUAUUUGGGUGCACCUCCAAAUACUUUUAGUAUUUCAAUCAUUGAAUUUCAACGAUCUGGUAGGAAUCGUGAUCCAACAAAUCGUCGUGCAUGGGUUCGAUGUCGUGGUUCAAGUAUUUUCAAUUUUGAUUGUUUUUCACGAUGGCAAAUAAUGCUUAUCAAACAUACUGGAAUCAAAACUCAAGGUGAACCAUCGAUGAAGGUAGUUGAUAUCCCAACAGUUUAUGACAGUCGCUUUCAAUUACAGCUCAAUUGUUGGUAUAACUGUGCGAGAACCAUCAAUUCAGAUAUUGACAAGGCCAUGAAUUAUCGACAAAAAUGA